CUUGCAUCAGUUUUCAUCAAGAAACAACAAGCAAAUACACAGGAUGUGGAACAACAGCUGCUGCUUUAUUUCUUCCCUGAGCAUAAAGAACUGACAUUGGAGGUGUUUAUGUAUUCAUUUCAUGAUGGGAAACCAUGAAGUAUUCAUCAUCAUAUCAGCUCCAAAAUACUAAUGAAACAACUUCUGUGACGAUCAGCUGGAGUGUUCCCCUUUUUAUACACCUCAUCCAUCCGCCAUUCUUUGUUGCUGCAAAUGUGAUUUGAAGCAAACCUGGGUUUUCUGUGCUGUGAACUGUCCUGAGCCCCUGAGGCAGGCAGGGACAGAGUGGCAGAGGCUGGCAGGAGGAGGUGGUGCCUGAGGAGCUGGAUCUGAGGAGGAUGCUGGCAUUGCCUGCCAAGGGCAACUCUCCUGGAACGCUCGGAGCCUUUGACAGCAGUUCUGAGACCACCCAUGGCUCCCAGGCCAGCUCUUUUUAAGGAUUCCUGCUGAUGCUUUUCCUGAGGGAAGCCAUGCCCUACCACAGAGUCCUUCGCCUGGUCCUGCUAACGCUGUGCAGCAUCCUGGUCCCUGCUGUGCUGGCAGCAGAGUACCCGCAGGACGCGGUCCCCACCCUCUGGAACGAGCCGCCCGAGCUGCCCUCUGGAGCCGGUCCCUUCGACGCUGCCACUGCCACCGCCCGGCUGUCGGAUGCCACUGCCUUCCCCCCGUACACCUCCGAGCUGGAGCCCGAGGACAGCACCCACCUGCACCGGCUGGACACCGGGGACGGCUCACUGGGGCCCGGGGCUAUUGGUGCCAUUGUCAUCGCCUCCCUCCUGGGUACGUCUGUGCUUGUGGCCUUGGUCGUCAUCACACUGAGAAAGUUCUCGGCCUCCUGAACUCAAUAAAACA